AUGGGUAUUCCAAAGGUGCCUCCAAAUUGGAUGGGUCUACCGCCUGAACUUCGAGAGAAGGUUUUCAGCAAUUGCAAUGUUCUGGAGAGAUCUAUCCUCCGAGAUGUGUCAACCACCGACCGGCUCGUCGCAGAUAAGCAUCCCUACUUCAUCAACGAAAUUUUUGUUCUGCUCAAUGGCAAUGAAUCAAGUGUAUUUGUUACCGAAGGAGACCAAACAUAUACUGUCCAACCUGUGUCCAAACUCGCGAAACUUUUACAAACUCCGGGGCUGAAAAUCGACAAAAUAGCAUUUGAAUCUGGCUCAAAAACUUUUGACAAGGUGUUCUCAACACUCAUGAGAAGCUUGGAUAAUAUUCCAAAGGAUUCGAUUCAUGUGAAAGAAUUGGUUUUCUAUUCCGAGAUCUCUUUCCCUGGGUGCACUUGUGAGUGUCCAACUGAAAGUUCCCCAGAUUCGAGAAUCAACUCCUUCUUCAAGUUGGCGAAUACUGAAACUCUCAACCAUAUCAAAAUCACUACCAAAUUAACGAGAGACCUCUGGAAAAAGAUCACCGCUACAGAACAGUGGAACAACGCGGGAUCCAUAAGUGUGGAAAAUUGUAAAUUGGACGCUGUCGAUUAUUUCAAUGACUGGAAGGGAAAACAUUUGAAGGUUCUGACAAGUAAAGCGGAGGAUAUCACAAAUUCUGAUGAAUGGAAGCGUUCUAUGGUUAAAAUUGAGCGAUUUUUCAAGACGAAGCCACUUGGAGCAACAAUGCAAUUCCGGCGUGAAAUGUCAACGAAUGUGCUCUACGCCCAGUGCCUCAACAAAAUCGAUCUCUCGCAUGAUGCGAAUCUCCGACUUUACACUUUCCGUGGACUCGAAUUCAUCUUUGGAUUCGUCCGACCAAAUGACGGUACACCGCCUGGCGUAGAAGCCUGUGAUCCAUUUGAAGAGAGACGACACAGAGAUUGGAUUGGUGAAGAACUUCAUGCUAUGAGUAUAAGCCUAUGUAGUUGGCUAGGCUAG